AUGGUUUUAAGUGCGGUCAGAGUGUCAUCCAGAACAAAAGUUCCAACAGCCUCCGUCAUCAUCGUACAUGGGUUAGGUGAUUCCGGUGAUGGGUGGAAGUUCUUCAGCGAUUUAGCUAGAAGAUCAUCAGAAUUUGAUCAUAUUAACUUCGUCUUCCCAAACGCUCCAACCAUCCCAAUUACUGCAAAUGCUGGGUAUGAAAUGCCUGGAUGGUUUGAUAUUUUCCAAUUUGGAGCUCCAGGUGGUAAAAAAGAUGUUGAUGGUUAUCUCAAAUCACUUGAUCUUGUGAAAAGCUACAUCAAAGAACAGAUUGAUCUAGGCGUAAAACCUGAUAGAAUUAUAGUUGGAGGUUUCAGUCAAGGUGCUGCAUUGGCUUUAGGUGCUUUAGCCACUCUAGAUUUCAAAGUCGCUGGUUUCUUAAUCUUUUCAGGUUUUAUGCCAGUUGGUGAAAAGAUAAAAUCACUUUUCAACCCCAAAAAUUUGGAAACACCAGUAUUUCAAGGACAUGGUGAUGCAGAUCCCAUCAUCCACAAAGAAUAUGCUGAUCAGACUCAUGAGUUCUUCAAAGAAUUAGGAUACAAAAAUUACAAUUACAACAUUUACCCAAACCUACCACACUCAGUUGCUAAUGAAGAACUAUCACAGGCGUUCGAUUUCUUGAGAAAAACAAUCCCAAGAGAAUGA